UUCCAGGUUAAGCUUCCCGGCCGGUGUCAACUCACGUUGCAACAGGAUGAUCCUCUUAUCAAUAGUUGCAAACUGUUUUCAAAGUUUGCGUCGGAAUAUGUCCAAUACAAUGCUGUCGAUUAUCAUUUCCAUAUCGUUGUUAUCUAGUUGCAUGGGUAUUGGUGAAGUCAUUUGGGCAGUUAAUUGCGGAGGGGAGGCUCACACCGACAUCAACGGCAUUCGAUACCAGGAAGAUAAACUGCCAGUCGGCAUUUCAUCAGACUAUGGCAAAUCACUAGUAAUUCAGCGUGUUGUACCACAGGAUCAGAUUUUGUAUCAGACUGAGAGAUAUCACGUGAACAGCUUUGGUUAUGAUGUUCCUUUAACUAAAGACGGUGACUAUGUUUUAGUGUUGAAGUUUUCAGAGGUGUGGUUUACUACAGCCAAUCAAAAGGUAUUUGAUGUUGUCCUAAAUGGCGAUCAUAUAGUGGUUCAUGAGCUAGACAUUUUUGGAAAAGUAGGCAAAGGGGUUGCCCACGAUGAAGUAGUGCCUUUUGAGAUCAGCGAUGGCAAAUGCAAGGUCAAUGGUGAAACGUCUGAUAUCCAAGACGGAAUAUUAACGGUGGAGUUUGUUAAGGGAGAGUUAGACAAUCCAAAGAUAAAUGCCAUGUACAUAAUGCGUGGAACCAUCGAAGACGUGCCGAAGUUACCUCCCCUGCAAGGUGCAGACGCCAUGGAGGAAGAGGAGGAGGAGGACGAGGAAGUGCUCAACGAUUCCAAACAGAAACCCUCGCGCCGACCUUCAGGCCCCAAGGUCACUGACCCUUAUUCUACAGAUGAUACCAGCACAAUGCUCUUGCCUGUAAUCAUUGCUGUUGCUGCGUUUAUUCCUUUAUUGUAUUGUUUAUGCAAAUUGUAACACCAGUUUUGUUAGUUGUAUAUUGUAAUUUUUUACACAAACUUCAUUCCAUUAAGAAACAUUGUUUUCCCAGUUUUUAAUGUUUUUAAGUGUGUAGUCUGUUUGGUGUAUUGUUUGGCACAAGACAGUAUGUCUCAGAGUUUUAUUAACAAAAUUACUGAAUGAUACUUUAGGUCAUUAUGGUCAUAAUCAACAGGGAGAAUAAUAUAAUUACAGUUACAGUUACAAUUACAGUUUGAAGGUGAUAAAAGGUUCUAGAUAUGUGGUAAUUAAUAAGUUUUUUAACCAGGUUUUCCGAAGGAAAAAACUGGUUAUUAGAUUGGCGAAUGCGGGCGGGCUGGCUGGCUGGCUGGCUGGCGGGCUGGCUGGCGGGCUGGCGGAACAAGCUUGUCCGGGCCAUAACUAUGUCGUUCAUUGUCAGAUUUUAAAAUCAUUUGGCACAUUUGUUCACCAUCAUUGGACGGUGUGUCGCGCGAAAUAAUUACGUCUAUAUCUCCAAGGUCAAGGUCACACUUUGAGUUCAAAGGUCAAAAAUGGCCAUAAAUGAGCUUGUCCGUGCCAUAACUAUGUCGUUCAUUGUCAGAUUUUAAAAUCAUUUGGCACAUUUGUUCACCAUCAUUGGACGGUGUGUCUCGCGAAAUAAUUACGUCGAUAUCUCCAAGGUCAAGGUCACACUUUGAGUUCAAAGGUAAAAAAUAGCCAUAAAUGAGCUUGUCUGGGCUAUAACUAUGUCAUUCAUUAUGAUAUUUUAAAAUCAUUUGGCACAUUUGUUCACCAUCAUGGGACGGUGUGUCGCACAAAAGAAUCACGUCAAUAUCUCCAAUGUCAAGGUCGCCACGACUAAAAAUAGAUUUAUUUUAAAACAAACUUACAAAGGGUGUUAAUUUUGUUUGUUCAUUUAAAAAGUUCAGUUUGAGUUGUCUCCCUUUAUCAGAUUUUUUUUCACAAUGAAAACCUGGUUUUGUGACAAUUUUGUCCCUUGUUAUUAAUAUUUUUUAUAUAUAUCUUGAGAUGUUGUUAAAGAAAAAUGAACACUUAAAGGUUCCAGACUUGGAAACAAAUCUGCGACCAGUAGAAGUAUUUUAAGGAAUUGAAGACUAUUGUGUAAUAGAUACUAACAUGUAUGAUCUGUAUAAAUGGGUCGUAUGACAUAUGCAGCCAAGAUACCUGUAGAUCAAUCUCAGACUGAGUAAUGCAUAGUCUGGUCAGGAGGUACCCUGUUUGCUUAUGACAUCACAUAAACUUGUAAUAAUAUGUAGAUGACAGGGUAUUGCCUUAACAAGCCUUUGCAAAUGUGCAGGCUGGCCUGUAGCAAUGCUGGCUCUUAUAUGGUACAAGACCCAUUUUUGCAUAACCCAGGUCAAAUAUCAUGUAGCAUUUAUAUAUUCUGCUUCCACAGCGCAGUAUAAUCUUUUUAAAAUGAGAUAUUGUGAAUAUUAUAUUUUUUAUGUUACUGUUAAAGUGAUAUUAUGGGCAUUUUUCACUGUUGAAUUGAGCUGAAAAGAAUUAAUAGGUCAAGAGAAUUAGUUAAAAUGUGGUUACUGACCAAUUAUCUGCAACUCAUCUUCCUACCAGUUGUUUAUAAAAAGUAUAUAUUAUAUUCGAUAUUUUACAUGACUCACCCAGUCCUCUAAACCGAAAUGAUCCGUAAAACAAAAUAGUGUCUUUGUGUCGUUUGAACGAAUCUGCACUAAAACUAGAUUUAGAUUCAAAUCGUAAAUCGAAUCAUUUCUGUCAUCAGUCGUCAAAACGAAAGUACGGUUGAUAUUCAAAUGCAUUAUUUUAAGCUUGGCGUUUUCGGAGAAAACCCGAUGUAUUGUCAUAGCCAGCUCGUCAUCCACGUCGUGCUAAAACCUUAACAUUUUGUUAUGGUUUUGUACAGCUAUUGGCUCUUAAAUCAAAUUGCUUCCACCUACAACUUAGAAACUUCAUAUGUGGAUGCACCUUGAUGAGUUCUACACACAACACCCAUUUUUGGGUCACUAGGUCAAAGGUCAAGGUCAGUCAAUGUGACCUUUAAAAAAAAUCAAUAAAUUCUGACAAGCUUUCAUUUAUUCAAAAACUGCACCCGUAGCCAAGCCUGGCACCCGUUAUGCGGUGAUCUUGUUCUCUUUCCGGGAUAUUGUUUUAGUAUGUUGAUGCUGCAUUAACAAAUAUAAGUGUAUAUGAAGUGAAAACACCAAAAAUAAACAACGGUUGCGAUAGACACCUAUUAAUUGUAAGAUGCCCAUAAUAUCACUUUAAACUUAAUUUUUCUUAUUUUGCUUAUUGAAAAUUUCAUGCAUUUUUGAAAAGUAUUCAGUCAAACUAAAUGAUUUAAGCAAUUAACUUCAUGAAUUUUCUUAACUAACUUAAUCAAUUGUAUAAUGGAUAUUAGUGUAUUUUGAAAUUUGUAAAGAAUGUAAGAUAUUAAAGUUUUGUUCUUAAACUAAAAUUAUAUUCUUGGUUACAAUUUCAGUCUGAAUAUGGAUAUGUCUACACUAGCUGAUCAAAACAGUCUUAGAACUUUUUGUUUUAAAACACAUCUAAUGAUGAAUAAAAAACAAUAGAAUACAAGUUCUUAGUAUUACCUGAAACAAAAACGAUGUUUUACACAAUGGCGAGUAAUGUUAUGCCGUACAGCAGAAAAUCCUCCAUGUUCACAAAACCAAUACUCUGUUUGUAAUCCCCAUUAAUUUGUGCAGAUUCAUUCAUACCACACAGAUGUUUGUUCCAAGAAUUACAAGUAUACAUGUGGGUUGUGGUGUUAACUUCCCUUUUAAUGUAUAUCACUGAAGAAAACUAUCUGAUUUAUGGUACUAUAAAGGUUGUUAAUUAAUUUAAGUUGGCAUUUCUUGGUCUUAUUUGCAUCUUGGUUUAAGAUUACAAGAUUAAAAUGUUGACAUUGAAACUGUAUAUAAUGGUACACAUUUUCAUCCUAUAAAGUUAGGUGUGAUUUGGGCUAAUUAUUUUAUCCAAACAUCUGAACUUGUAAAAUAUCAUCAGCUAUAUUGUCCAAUGGAUUGAAUAUGGCAAUAUACACACACAUUAUGACUGUGCAAGUUAAAAAAAAAUCUUGCAUACUUGAAUAUAUUUUAUGUGAUAUUGCUUGAUUUUUAAUGAAAAAUAAAUUAAAGUUAAAAAGAAGAUUGAUUUGUUAAGGAUAUUUCACACAAAAGCUUGGGGUAUAUGAUUUCCUAAACAGGUAUCAAAAUAGUCACAACAUUUACUGGUCUAGUAUGUCAUGUUGCCCAGGUUGAAACCAUUCUUCUACCUGGGACAAUAUGAGCCGCAUCGUCUAAGGACAUAUCCGAAAAGUGUUGCUAUGCAGAUAUGGCAUCCAUAUAUUCUGAUGAGCAGUUAUUAUGUACGCUAAUGAGGACACAAAACCUUUCAUGACUAUAUAGCAGACAGAAAACUUUCUGACCAGACUGAGCAAAUAUGCACAUUGCCAACAUAAGCACUUAAAAAGGCUAUGGGUUUCUGUUGGUUUUUUAACAAAAAAUACUCAAAAAAAAAAUUCUAUUUCAAAUUGAUUGAAACAUUAAUAAUAUUAUUUUGGUUAAGAAGACAUUACACACAUUUCAAUAAAAAAUAUCUUCUUUCAAACCAUUAUAUAGAUUCCAGUAAGCAUUAAUUGCAACUUAAUUAUUAAAUCUUGUUAUAGUGUUAGCAUAGUGUUGACAAGGAUAUUUAAGUUAGUCUUUUUAUGCCCCCUUUCAAAGAAAAGGGGGUAUAUAGUAUUCGCACUGUCUGUCAGUCUGUCACACUUUUCGUGUCUGCUCUCUAAUUCAAAUAGUUUUCAUCCGAUCUUUACGAAACUUGGUCAGAAGUUGUAUCUAGACAAUAUCUAGGUCAAGAUCGAAUAUGGGUCAUGCCCGGUAAAAAACUAGGACACGGGGUCGAAAAAAACAAAUCCAAGGGAAGUAAUAAGCUUGAAAUGGACAUAAUUAUCUGACCUGCCAAAUGAUAUAUUUUUGUUAAAUAAAUCAAAGCGGCGCAGUAGGCGGCAUUGUGUUUCUGACAAACACAUCGUGGUAAAAGGUCAUCGUCAUCUUUAAAGGUCUAAGGUCAAAAAUACAAAUCCAAGGGAAGUAAUAAGCUUUAAAGGGAGAUAAUUAUUCAAUAUUGAACAUAGCAACUUGAUAUUUGGCAUGCAUGUGUAUCUCAUGGGGCUGCACAUUUUGAGUGGUGAAUCUACAGUCACGGUGAUGACUUUUAAUUAUUUGCUACUAAAAAUAGAGAUUUGUUAAGAGACAAUUAUUUUCAAGGGAAGUAAUUUAUAUAAUUAUAAAUCUCAGAUUAAAUAUUUCCUUACCAAGAAUUUAAGUUCUUUUCACUGUUACUGCACAGAUUUUUUAUUUUUCGAUUUUUUAUAACUCAAAUGAUUGAUUUGUCAAAGUUUUUUUUUUAAAUGAUAUAAUUAUCAAUUCUUUCCUGUACUAAUUUGUGAAUGGUAGGGUUCGUGACAUACCUGUGGACUUAUGUCCAUAGAUACAUGAUGAACUCUGGCUAUGAUCUUUUUGAUAAACCACAGGCAUUGGUUGUCAGUGACUUGGUCAUUUUUUACUUUAUACAGUUUCUACAGACCCCCCCCCCCCCCCCCCCCCCCCCCCCCCGGUUGGAUUGGACAAAAUCCAAGGGAAGUAAUAAGCUUUAAAGGGAGAUAAUUUCUAUACCUGCAAACUGAUCAAUAGAAAUUUUAUUUCAAAUGGGCGCAGUAGGGGUCAUUGUGUUCCUGAUGAACACAUCUCUUGUUUGUUCUAAAGUGAGUGCAUUUGAAAGGCUAAGUUAUACUACGACUAAAAGACAUCAAUGAAUGCAUGAAAGUAAGAUUCUUUUCUGUACUCACUUGAUUAAAUUACAAUCUGUUUCUAAUUUGAGGUACACAUGUAGUGGAAUAUUUAAUCCAUGCCGAAAGCUUAAUGCAUAGCUUUAGGUGGAUAUUCACAUUUGUUUGCAAGGCAUCUACAUGCCUGCAAUAAAGUCAUGCUAUGUUUUGUGGUCUCAUUAACUGACAGGGUAGCCUUUGACCAGUCUGUAUGUGCAGGCUUGUCUAGAGCUAUGCUGGCUGCAUCUGACAUAGGACCCAUUCUUGCACAAUGUGGCUCAAAUAUCAGUAUAUGCCUCAUUUGUAAAUAAAAAGGUUUCUUUAUAGUAUGCUUUCGGUACCGCAUCAUUUAUUUAGAUAUUUUCACCAGUUUAAUAAAAUUAAUAUAACAUUUAGUUUACAUUGCUGUUUUAUGAUAUUUUGUUUUGUAAAUCAAAAAUCAUAUAUAAUAUCAUUGCAAAGCGGAAGUUAACUGGAAAGAUUCGUUUUGUUAAAUAAUGCUUCUUAUACAAGUUGUGUGAAUCCUAGUCAAUUAGAUUUAAUUAAUUCACAUUUUUUAUAUAAAAAAAAUUGCAUUUUCUUCUUUCCUAAAACAUAAUAUAUCCUUUAAGGGUUAAAUAUUUUUAACCGUGUAACCCUAUAGGUAAUAGUUGCUAAUUGGUCUCGAAAAAUGCAUGUCUGUGUUCGAUCAUAGAUAAACUGACCUUUUCUCAAUUUUUGGGUAUGAAACAAAUGAAUGAAAUACAAGGUCAGAAACCCCUUUAAUGGACCUUGUUAAGUAUUGUUUAGGUAUGUAAGUUUUUGUAUUGCAUUAUGGAAUCAUGUAUUAAGUCUGUUUAUUUGUAAAUGUAUAUUCAGUUUAACCAGUGUUAUGUCAGUUUGUUUGCAGUUUGUUUGUAAUGUUCCUAACUUAUCAUGAAACCUGUCUUAGUCAAUUGAUCAUGGCUGGCAGAUGACCCCUAUUGAUUUUCAGGUCACUAGGUCAAGGUCACAGUGACUUGAAACAGUAAAAUGGUUUCCAGAUGAUAACUCCAGAAUGCUUACGCCUAGGAUCAUGAAACUUCAUAGGCACAUUGAUCAUGGCUGGCAGAUGACCCCUAUUGAUUUUCUGGUCACUAGGUCAAAGGUCAAGGUCACAGUGACUCGAAAUAGUAAAAUGGUUUCCGUAUGAUAACUCAAGAAUGCUUAUGCCUAGGAUCAUGAAACUUUAUAGGUACAUUAAUCAUAACCCCUAUUGAUUUUCAGUUCUCUAGGUCAAAGGUCAAGGUCACAGUCACUUGAAACAGUAAAAUGGUUUCCGGAUGAUAACUCACGAAUGCUUAGGGUUAGGAUCAGGAAAGUUCAUGUGACAUUGCUCAUGACAGACAGAUGACCCCUAUUGGUUUUCAGGACUCUAGGUCAAAGUUCAAGGUCACAGUGACCUGAAGCCACUACAACUGACAGCCCAUUUGGGGGACAUGCGUGUUUUACAAACAGCCCUUGUUAUAAUGCUCCCCCAAAAUUUAUUUUGGGGGGAGCAUAUAGUCGCCGCUUUGUGUGUGUUGUGCACAAUUUUUGUCCGGGCUAUUUCUCAGCAAGUAAUGACCGGGAUUCAAUGAAACUUUAUGGGAAGCUUCACUACCAAGAGGAGAUGUGCAUAUUAUCAGCGGUACUGGUUGGAUGAUUUUUCACAGAGUUAUGGCCCUUUGAAAUUUUCUAUAAAAAAAUUAUUGUCCCCCCAACUUAUUUUGCCUCAAGACCUUUCCUUUUAUCUGAAUAUGUAGUGCAAUAUUGUGACAAAAAAACUUCAGGAGCAUUACCGUCUCUGACGGUUUAUUGUUUAUAUAAUUGAUCAAGUGACAAAAAUAAUUUGACAAUCCUUCUAAAUAUUAAUAGAAUCAAAUAUGCAAUUGUUUGCAUGGGCUGUCAAAUAAUUUAGUCAUAUGGAAAUAUGUUACAUAUAAAUGUAUUCAAAAUAAAAUAGGCAAAUCAAAAUUAAACAUUUUCAUCACCAAUUUCAGGUUGUAACAUUUUGCCAUCUGUUGUUUUUUUUAUUAACUUUGAGCAUUAAAAGCAGAUAGUCAUUCUUCACUUGGUUGCUAAAGCAUUUUGUUUGAUUCAUUUCUGAUUGUUUUUAUGAGGUGUUGGUAUAUAGGUAAAAGUUUCUUUUAGUUUUCAAUAUUUAUAUAAAUGUUUGUGUGGAUUUCAGUAGAGUAUCAGUUAGAAUUUAAGAUGGACUCUGCUGAUCUUGGUUUCAUGCAUCUUCGUUAUGUUUCAUCUCAGAUAACCCUUUGCAUGCUGGGAAAUUUGUCGUCUGCUAAAAUGUCGUCUGCUGAAUUUCUAUAAUUAGCAUUUUCUUCGAUUUUUUUAAAGAAUACUAUCAGAAUAGCAAACAGUUUGGAUCCUGAUGAGAGGCCACGUUCUGUGGCGUCUCAUCUGGAUCCAAACUGUUUGCAAAGGCCUUCAAAAUUCGGUUCCAGCACUGAAAGAGAUAAGCAUCUGAGACCUCUCAAGCCUAGGAGAACUUGUUAAAACUUGUUAAACAAUAGUAGAUUGAAAAAUAUCUGCUGAAGAAGUCAUGUCUAAAUUAAUCAGACAACGCGUUCACAAUUGAAUUAUACAAUGUUAUAUAAGCUGAUUAAAUCUGAUUGUGUGUACGUCUUGUUUGCGUUUUUAGAAGAAAAGUCUCGUUUUUACAUUUAGUUUUAACAGCAAGAAUAAACUCACAGCGUUUGAAAUCAAUUUCAACAUAGAGCAUCAUUUGCACACAAUGAUAAGGACAAGAGUGCAGUUAUAUAUGAACCUUUUAUACUAUUUUAUUGCUAUAGUUUCAUAAAAUAAGUGACAUCAGUUAAAAGAAUUUAAACAUAAAAAAACAAAUGGUCUCAAGUAUAAUUUUCAAAUAACCCAAAUAUACAAGAAAAAAUAGAACCAAAUCUGAAAAUAGAGUUGUUUGCAUAGCAAUUUCAGGAUAUGUUUGCAGGUCAUGUUUGAAUUGAAAGAAUUUUCACUUAAUCAAUAAUUGUCCCCUACCGGUGAAACCGGAGGGGACUAAUGGUUUGCGCUCCGUGUGUCAGUCUGUCUGUCAGUCCGUCACACUUUUCUGGAUCCUGCGAUAACUUAAAAAGUUCUUCAUAUUUUUUCAUGAAACUUGAAACAUGGACAGAUGGCAAUAUGGAGAUUAUGCAAGUCAAUUCAUUUUGUUCCUACAUCAAAAAUUGUGGUUGCUAUGGCAACAAAUGUAAAAAACAAUAAAAUCAUUGACAAUGGUGGAGUUUCACCGGUAGGGGACCAUAUUGCUUGGCAAUCUCUUGUUAUCUAUCUAUUUUUAAUGAAAUUUCAUUCAGAUGAUUGCAUUGCAGAAUUCUUUUAGUUAAUUGUUAUGUGUUUGUCAUGUUAUAUGAUGUAAGAUGAUUAGUGUCUUUUGUAUAUGGAAUGUAGUUGCACAUUGCAUUAGCUUAACAGAUUUGUUUAAUUUUACUAUUAUUAUUUAAGAAAUAAUACUUGAUUGUCCUAGUUUGUUGUCAACUUACCCACGACCAGAAGUUGAGAUGCCUAAGAGUGCAAAGAGUGCGAAUCAAGAUUCCACACAUCUUAACUUCAGGCCGUGGAUAAGUGUACAACAAACUGUCAUAUAAACUUAUUCUAACAUAGCUUUUGACUUAAGCAUUAUCCUCAUUUGAAUCUUGGAUGCUAUGUACUAUUUUUUUAGGAAGUACUGCCCAUAAAUGUUGCAAUGGCUUUUUUUUCUAUUAUUUGCAUACCCUCAGUUUUUAUGCUCCCCCAACAUUUUUGGGUGGAGCAUAUAGUCGCGGCUUCGUCUGUCUGUGUGUCCGUCCGUCCGUGCACAAUUUUCGUGCAGCUAUUUCUCAGCAAUUAAUGACCGGAAUUCAAUGAAACUUUAUGGGAAGCUUCACUACCAACAGGAGAUGUGCAUAUUAUCAGCCGGUUAUGGUCAGAUGAUUUUUCACAGAGUUUAUUGAAAUUUUCUAUAAACUGUACAUAUAGUGCAAUUCUUGUCCGCCCGACUACUGACUGGAAUUCAAUGAAGCCAAUGGGAAGCUUAACUACCUUGAGGAGAUGCGCAUGUUAUUUGUGGGUUCUGGUAAGAUGAUUUAUUUUGAGAGUUAUGGCCCUUUGAAAUUUUGAAGUUGCUAAACCAUCCAUCGUAUUAUUAUUUUGUCCAAAGUUAUGCCCCUCAAGACGUUUCCUUUUAUCUGAAUAUAUAGUGCAAUACUGUGGCCAAAAAAACUUUGGGGAGCAUCAUCCGUCUCCAAAGGUUUCUUGUAUUAUUAAGCCCCAUUUAUUGUGGAAAGCAUAAUUUGAAUGGAAAUUAAUUACCUUAGUUGUAAGCUUGAACUGAAAUAAUUUCAACAAAAGCUAAUGCUUUAAGUAAACAUUUGACUGUUGCACAAGUAACAAAAACAAACAACUCUAACUUUCAAAACUGUGCAACGUUGAGUUUAUCACAACACACUGUGCGUUGUUACAGGGUGUUCAUAGCUUGAAUUAUUGAAUUUUUAAGGCCUUUGGAAACUAGGUUAAAUUUACGCAGUCGUUUAUCUGCAUGACUUUUUCGAUAAAAAUACAAAUAUCACACUUUGUUAAAUGUAUCGGCUCAAUUGUUUGUUGAAACAUGUUCUCGGAAUGUAUUAAUGCCACUAAUAAUUAUAAAGGUUAUUGCAGAUUGUAUUUUCGGCUUUGUGUACACAUGCUGUGUUAGAAUAUAUGAUUUUACAUGAACGCUUGUUAAGUAGAUUACUGUAUGAUUCAUUCUUUUGACCGUACGUGUAAAUGUUAUACUUGAAACAAUGUAAAGUGUUUGAAAGAAAAAAAUGCUUAACGGGCAUAGCUUUUCUGCUUCAUUUGCUACAAAAUUUAUAAAACACAUGGUUUUUAAUUAUUAUUUUAAAUAAUUGUUCCUACAUAAUUUUCUUUUAUCAUGGAAAUAAGUUUGUUUAUGGAAUGUGUAUGGUUAUUGGAUCGUUAUUGAAUCAUAUUGUAAAGUUCAUUAAAGUUCAUUUUUCCAAUUCGAGUUUAACAAUAAAUGUUUGACUUAAAUAAGAAGGUUGUUUAUCUUGUUACAGUAAAUUUGAAUAUGUAAAAGUAAUUGAGAUGAGAUGGUGAAACAAGAUGACAUGCAUUCUUACAAAGUAAUGACAGUUUAUGGAACAUUUUUUCAUUUGUCACUUAAAAACAAAGUAAAUCUUUUGUCAUGCUCUUACAUAAAUAAAGUUCUAUGCGAUGCCUAUCAUAACCCUUGGUACAUAGUAAAAGGGGGCUAAAGUAGAAUGCCCAAAGGUA